AUGGUGUAUGGUGGGAAGCCGAGCACAGGAUGCCGGAACUGCCGGCAGCGACAUAUCAAGUGCCAAAUAAUAAUUCCCACCAAGUGUGAUGAAACACGCCCACACUGUCGAGCAUGUACGAGAACGAAACGCUCUUGUCCGGGCUACCCAGACCCAUUUGACGUGAUGCUGCGUGACUGCACACCGUCCUUCAGAAAACCUGCCGGGGCCCAGAAAUCCCUUACAGCAGGCAAUCGGUCAAGCUCUAGCAAAAGUUCACCCAAUGUCCCGACUAUGGAAAAUUCAGACCGAGUAGUGUCAACAGCAGUCUUUGCUGCAAACUCGCAAACCAGAAAAGCUCCUUGGCCUCCACCGUUCGGCCCAGCUGAUCUGUAUCAGCCGAUGGAAGAUACGGUGGUCCCUAUCUUUUUCAAUUCUUUCCUUUAUCUCCCAAAAGAUCAACUCAUGCGAAAUGGCUUCAUGGACAUACUGCCUGCAAACUUCUCGAACACUAAACCUGGAUCCCAUCUCCAUGUCAGCACUCUGGCCGUUGCUUUCUUCUCUGUGGCAGCGUGGACCGGCCAAGGGUCUUUGCUCCGUGCAUCCGAGCGGUAUUUCACCCAAGCAUUAUCAAAAAUCCGCGAAGCUUUGCAAAAGAAUGAAGAAAGUGACUUAGACUUCGUUUUGUUGUCCACACUCCUACUGUCUAUGUACGAGGAAUUUGUUGCCAUGAAACAUGAACAGCACCCCUUGAGAGCUCAUCUCAGGGGAGCAAUAGCCCUUAUAAACAAUAGAAAAACAAAGCGUCUCGAAACGCCGUCAUCAAAGACGAUUGAUCAUGCUGUGCAGACUCAAAUAGUUUGUCUCGAAACACCCAAUCUCGAAGAAGCCUCACUGACAACACUUUUGCAGAUUAAAACCACUAGGGGAUUGAACAGUCCCAUGGUGCCGACCCCUAAAGUCUGGCCCCUGUCAGAGCCACCAGCUCAGCCUAGCCCCCGGCCGCUAUUAGCGACAGCUGCCUCGGAAAUUGUCAAUCUUCGCCAUUCAUGGGAACGGAUGAUAGCGCAACCACCGGAUUAUGCCCUCGCUACAUCCAUUUUGGCGAAAGCCACCGAAAUCGAUACCAAUCUGGCAACAUGGUCCUACCUCCUUCCACCACAUUGGGCCCCCAUCGCAGCAAGCAUAAUUCCACAAUCCGUCCGCGAUGCCGGGAUGUACAAGAACAGGUGCGAAUGCUACACGGACAUGUGGAUCGCAACUACCUGGAACAUGUACCGGGACUGCCGCAUCCUGGUUCAAAUAAUUAUCCUAGGUUGUCUUCGUAGGGUGCCUUUCCAAGAUCCGGAUGGACUCAGAGCGACAUUGGCAAUGACGACCGCGCAUUGCCUCGCGGAGGAUAUCUGCGCCAGUGUUCCAUUUUGUCUUGGCGACCAAGUCGAAUCAGUUCGCAUGAAAACAGGCCUCGUUGAGUAUCCAUUCGCCGAGACACGACCGGUCACUUGGAAUCAUAUGCAAAUUGCUCCGCUCAUGGGUGCAUGGUUUCUCGCGCCGUAUUUGAGGAACCUUGCAUCCUCGGAUAUGGGGCUGCCACCAGAGCAAAAGGCCUGGGUACAAAGCCAGAUCGAGCGCAUUUUGGUCAUAUACUUCCAGCGGUGA